UGGCAGGCACGCACGCAGGCAGGCAGGCAGGCAGGCAGGCAGUCGACAGAAGCGGUGAGCUGCUUCUGAAAGUGAAAAGAAGAGGUAGACGGUGAAAGUCAAAGGAGGGCUUCAUAACUGUUAAAAAAAAAAAGCACCGCGCAGGCAGUCCCCAUACUGACAUACAACAUAGGUAGAAAGGCCCCGGGUCUUGCUUCAAGGCAGCAGCAGUUCAGCAGAUACAGCCAUGGCUAACAUCGCGGUCCAACGGAUCAAGCGGGAGUUCAAAGAAGUUCUCAAAAGCGAAGAGACAAGUAAAAACCAGAUAAAAGUAGAUUUGGUGGAUGAGAACUUCACAGAGCUGAGAGGGGAGAUAGCAGGACCUCCAGAUACACCAUAUGAAGGUGGUAGAUAUCAACUUGAAAUAAAAAUCCCAGAAACCUAUCCUUUUAACCCACCAAAGGUGCGUUUCAUCACUAAGAUCUGGCACCCUAAUAUCAGUUCUGUGACGGGAGCAAUAUGUCUGGACAUUUUAAAAGACCAGUGGGCAGCUGCUAUGACCCUGCGGACGGUGCUGUUGUCUCUACAGGCUCUUCUUGCUGCAGCAGAACCAGAUGAUCCACAGGAUGCAGUAGUAGCAAACCAGUAUAAGCAGAACCCAGAAAUGUUCAAACAGACCGCAAGGCUGUGGUCUCAUGUCUAUGCAGGCGCUCCUGUUUCCAGUCCCGACUACACACGCAAAAUAGACAAACUCUGUGCCAUGGGCUUUGAUAAGAAUGCAGUAAUAGCAGCCUUGUCUUCAAAAUCUUGGGAUGUGGAAACAGCGACAGAGCUGCUCCUCAGCAACUGAAAUCCAUCCAGGUGUGAGGAACCCAAACUCCCUUCAUCAUAGCAUCAGCUCCUCCCCGGCAGCAUUCCACCAUUGCCUUUUGUUACACAGACAACAGCCCAUUCACCACAGCAGUACGAGCCUUCUUUUCUAAUAAGUUUUCUUGCUACAAAUUCAACACCAGUAUUCACCACAGGCGCCAAUAUGCACACCACCCUGUUGCCUGUCUGACCCCAUCUGUCAAGUCUUUUCUGCCAUUAACUCAAAAUGUGUAAGCUUGUAAUAAGCCACCAAAAACUUAAGAUCGCUCAUCUUGUCUUCCGUGCCUGCUCUGUAGUCAUAUUGGCUCUGAAACUUUUUGCAGUUGCAAUUGCCUGGUGGAUUUUCCAGGGUAAAAUGUAAAAGAAAUCCAGCAUACUGUUCUCACAGUACAUCACCAUUUACUCCCCUUAGCAACCAGUUGGACCUUAUGGCAGAUAAUUCUCUUUUAUGGACAUGAAAUACUAUAGGUCCAACUGGACUAAAGUAACUUGAACGGAAAGUGUUCUGUAUGAGCGGUGUGAAGGAUUUUUCAUUAACAGUUUAUCAUAGACACUUCAAUCACCUGCAGAUGUUUGGAUGUGCAUGAUUUUUUUUCUGUAUGUAGAAUUAGAAAAGCUCACAGGCAUCCUAAAACAUCUGCACAUAUGCACAGAAGGAAAAAGAGUUGUGUGUAAAUAAGAUGAUGUGUGUAAAUUUGAAAAUACAACGGGGAUAUACUUUUUUUCUUACAUGGCAUUGUAAAACAAAUUAUUUUAAAUAUAAUCUAUAAGCCUAGUUUACAAUUCUAUGGAGAGAUAUCUUUUUAUUCUUUUGUGAUCCAUGAGCAAUGCCUCUGAAUGGCCUUUUGUUUUCAUUUCUCUUUUAAGAGUGUUGUUUAGGGGGUGGCAUAGCCAAAAUCCGGCCUUAAUGGCAUAGGAGGUGACAGCCAGCUCAGGCCCCUGAAGGUCAUUACAUGCAAUCUUUACUGCUACACCACAAUCUUACCUUGUGUUUUUCAUUGUCCUUGCAUGUUCUAUGCUGCCUUUAUUUUAUUUGGCCAAAUGAUGUGGUGAUGGGGUGUCUGUUUGCUUUAACGUCCCUUCAGAUGUGUGGAACUCGCAGGACUAUUUUCUGCGACCUGCGUAAAGGGACGUUCGGCAAGCCACUUAACCACACCCAGUUUGGCUUGAUAUCUGAAGGGAAACGAAGCCUUUCCUGUUGAUUUGAUGGGUUAUGUUGCUGGAAAUUUUUCUGAACAGAUUUGACUGUUCUGACAUGUGAUCCUGAAUGUUGUUAAGGAGUUUUAGUUUGCAAUGCUGUGGUUUUGUUUUUCACACUCAUUUCAGAGCAAUCAGUUUCAACCAUAUACAUGCAGAGUUUUGAGCCACGGGUUAAGGAUCUGUUUACCCUCUCAGUCCUGAUGUUGAUCAUUAUGAGGAGGAACUUUAUCAUAAACGGUUGAUCCAAUGCAGCACUACUCAGUCCAGACUUUGGCUAUAGAGAGAGAGCGAGAGCGAGAUGUAGGUGAUCUCUGUUCCCACACAUGCUUUUCUACACAGCCAAAUAAGAUGCUCAUUGAGGUUGUCUUUCAAUGAUGUCUUGUGAGUAGCGCAAGAGGCUGGAACUCCUCUGUAAUCCUACCAAGCAGAUAGCAGGCCUGCACAGUGUUUUCACACAUUUUGAUUUUAGGUACAUGGACUGUAAAGAAAUACUUAGCGUAAGUGGGGUGUUGCAGGAUCCUCACACAUGGCCUUUUUUUUUUGUUAAUAAACCAUAUUUCUUUUGCUUGCCCUCCAGCUCAGUUCAUUAACAACACAGUGGAAUAUUACAGUACUACAUGGGAAUUAUUGUGCACCCUCUACACUGACAGUGAACAGUUUCUAGCCAGAGCCAAAAAAAGAAGUUCAUAGUCAGGUAGAGAGCACACACCAUCUCCUUUACUUGUAAAUAGUCAGGUUCUUGACAAAGAGCCAUCUCGUUAUCACUAGAGUGCACCAUUGAUGGCUGGAUCUAUAUUUUGUAAGAAAAAUAAAGGACAAAAAAAACAACCCCCCUGUUCUCACCAUGUACAAUAUUGCACGAUAACGAAGCAUUAAAAAAAAAAAAAGUGGGGGGGGCUGUUGCAUUGUUUGGAUUGAGACUUAUUUUCCUUUUGUUUCCUUGGAAGCAAGCAUCAGCAGUAUAAAAAGCAUGGUUAUUUAUUGUGACAGUGUCAUGUUUCUUUGAUUAAAAAAAAGUGGAAAAUUG